AUGUGGUCGAACGCCCUGUGCACGCUGGGCGUGACGAAGCCGCUCUGCAACUGCCUCAGCAUCAGACAAGUGGCAGCCGCAGCUGCGGCGGCUGCCCAGGUCACACAGGGGGGCGUGGCGGCUGCGGCUGGCGUAGGCGUGGGUGGUGCGGCCAUCACAACGGGACCCACAUCGAUGUCCGGCGGCGGCGUGUCCUCUGGGGAGUCUCGCGGCAAGAGACCACUGAAAAUCUGGGACAGUUGGCGGAAUGUGCGUAAAGGCGUUGUAGUUGGAACAUUCGAGGAGCUCUUGGUGCGCGGCAAGGACAAGUUGGGGGUUCCUGCUUCAGAACCAGUGCGCGUUGUUCUGGAGUGCGAUGGAACCCAAAUCGAGGAUGGCGAAUACUUUCGCACCCUGGCCAACAAUACGGUCUUGUUGCUGUUGAGGCAGGGCGAACGCUGGUAUCCAACUGGAGUGGAUGUCAUAAAGGCUGCCAUAUCAGCUAUACCGAAAAUCGUCUGUGAGACGAUCCAUGCACUGGAACUGCAUGAUGAGACACCGUCGUGGAAGAUUAUGGAUAACAAAGGGCGUGUCACGGUCGUCUUGCACUGGGAUCAGCGGCAGGGAGGGGGCAGUGGUGGAGGCGGCGGUGGGGGCGGCGUUGGCGGCGGCAACAUAUGCUCCGGCCUGGGGAGCAGCAACGGGCUGCUUUCCUCCGACAAGUACUCGCCCUCGAAGAAGGGCCUCUCCGCACAGAGUUCGCUGGACAACAAGUCGGUGUCGUCGCAGUCCUCGCAGCCGCGCUACGCCAGCCCCCAAAUAACGGUGAUCAGCGACGAGGGUCCGGCGAGUAUAUACCAUCCCGGCGGAGUGGUCCUGCCGCCAGGAGUUGUGAUACCCGGCGGCAGCAGGCGCCUGUCCAAGCAAGGCAGCUCCUUCGACAGCACCGUGGGUGUGGGGGCCGUGCACGUUCACACGCCGGAGUGCGCCCACCACGCCCAUACGCCAAGCAGGGCCGGCAGCCCCAGCACCACGGAAUGCGACUUCCACUGCUGCGCUCUGCACGAGGAGGGGCGGAAGAUAGCCGUGCACAAGAGCGUGGCCACGUCGCCCAUCCAGGACGGGAGCAGCAGUCCCCAGCCGGCAGCGACGCUGGCCAUGUCAUCAUCGGUUAUGGAUCCUAUGCUGGGCGGCAGCGGCAGUAUGCGGCGCUCCUCGGGCACCAAGGGUCACGUGCGUUUCCUGGACAUUGCCCCAGAGCGGGACAGCUCCGAGAGCGAGACGGAGAACACGGUGAUGGAGGACGACAAGACGACGACCGAGAAAUUUCUGCUGCUAAUCGAUCAGUUAUCGGUGGACCAGAAGCGCCAUCUCAGCAUCAAGGAUAUCGGCAUCAUCCUGGAGCGCCUCAACUCUAAGAUACUCGAUGUGGAGCGUCUGGAUCGCGAGUCCGAGUCGGAUGACUGUUACAACUGGACGAUAAAGGCAACAAUACGCGGCGAUGCGCUCCGCGAACUGGGCGUCAUCUACAAUGGCAACUACUACGCCAUUUCUGAGCAUCCCGGCUACAAGGAGGAGCUGGAGGAGAACGGCGAGGAAGUCGAGGAGGAGGAGGAAGAGGACGAGGAGGAUAGAAUUUAAACGCAACCAGAUACGGGCAAACGCAAACGCAAACCCAUUCAUAGCCACUAAAGAAUAAACACAUUUGCAGAUAGAUAAUGCUCAGAGAGGUAUCAAUAAACUAGCGCAUUUUACAAAUGAAAAACGAAAAUAAUUGGAAAACGGGAGGCUACAUCUCACACAGACAGACAGACACACACACACAAAUGCAUA